GUGUGCUAUGGUGUAUCAGAGACUGUAUUUGGCGAGUGGAGUGUGAUGGGAAGCACCAUCAUCUUGGUCCACUCGUACUAUAACGUCUGGCUCAGAGCCCAGCUGGGCUGGCAGAGCUUCCUGCUCAGGAGAGAUGCUGUACACAAGAUAAAAAGCCUCCCUACAGCUAGCAAUACACAGCUGGAGCAGUAUAAUGACAUCUGUGCUAUCUGCUUCCAGGACAUGACCAGUGCUGUGUUCACUCCGUGCAGUCAUUUCUUCCACGCUGGCUGUCUGAUGCCCUCUCUGUCGUUCACAACCAAGAGCCAAUCACCAACUAACGGUGGAGCUACCCGAGGUACACCUGCAGCCAAUCAGAACCCUGCAGGACAGGAAGAAGGCACUCUACUGGAUGACAGGAAAGAGGGAGCGUCAGUAGAGCAGGAGGGAGAUAAUGAAACUGCCACAUCAGCUGGGGAAACCUCCUCUUCCACCUCCCCCACUGGCAUGUCUGCUCCCCUGCCCAUCGUCAAACCUCCAUUAUCAUCUUCCUCUUGUUCUUCUUCUCCUCUUGCAACUGAUUCUGUGCUGCACCAGUCCCCUGCAGAUCACCCUUCUGCAUCUUCUUUCUCUACCUCUUACACAUCAGACACACCCGACGCUCCUGCAUCUCUCUGCCAUUCUGUCUCCACCUUUCACCAACCAACUUCACAGAGGUCCUUCCCCUUGAGUGUGAGGAUGUUGAAGAUAUUGAAGAUAUUGGUAGUCCUGAUGUGAAAGCAGAGCUUCCCUCCCACCUCAGCAUCACUAAGGAUGUUAUGGAGCGCUGCAUUCAUCUGCUGUCUGAUCCCAGCCUCAGGCUCCGACUCAAGGUACUGGACGUGCUGGAGUUGUGCGUUCAGGUGCUGAGUGAGAGGGAAAAUGAACUGCUGCCUAUGGCUCAUCGCUGCUGGCCAGCACUCCUGCAGAGACUCACAGCCGAUGACCCAUUAGCAGUCCUCAGAGCCUUCAGGGUAAGUAAAACAAACCUCUCUUUUCAUUACGUGAGUCAAAAGUAUUCAAGUCGUCUUUAGUUUUAAACUCUUAGUAGUGAAAGAAUGAAAGAUGGUGCCCAACAACAGGCUUAUUUCAUUCAGAAAUAGUUCUAUUAUUUUCUUCUUUGGGUUGUAAUGUGAAGACUCUUUAAACUAACAUUUCUUCUAUCAGCACA